AUGGCUUGGAUGAUGGAAGAGGGAACCCAUAUACAAUUUGCAAAUGGCACCAAGAUUAUUAGGAAAGCUCUUACAGAGGAAAAACAAGUGUCUACAAAAACAUCUGCAGCAGAUCUUGUUACUGAAACUGAUCAGUUUGUGGAAAAGUUAAUUAUUUCUGCUCUGAAAGAGAAGUUUCCCUCCCACAGGUUUAUUGGAGAAGAGUCUACUGCUGCUGGUUCAAAAUGUGUCCUCACUGACAGCCCAACCUGGAUUAUUGAUCCUGUUGAUGGAACCUGCAAUUUUGUGCACAGGUUUCCAACAGUGGCAGUUAGCAUUGGAUUUGCUGUUAACCAAGAGCUUGAAUUUGGUGUAAUUUACCACUGCACUGAAGAACGAUUAUACACUGGUAGAAGAGGUCAAGGGGCAUUUUGUAAUGAAAAAAGGCUUCAGGUAUCAAAAGAGACAGAUAUCUCGAAGGCCUUGAUUUUAACAGAAAUUGGUCCAAAACGUGACCCUGAAACUUUGAAAUUGUUCCUGAGUAACAUGGAAAGGUUACUCAAAGCCCAAGCACAUGGGGUACGUGUCAUUGGGAGUGCUACUUUGGCUCUGUGCCAUCUAGCAUCUGGAGCUGCAGAUGCAUAUUAUCAAUUUGGCUUACACUGCUGGGACUUGGCGGCAGCUACAGUCAUUAUUAGAGAGGCGGGCGGUACUGUGAUAGAUACUUCAGGGGGACCUCUGGAUCUCAUGUCAUGUCGAGUGAUUGCUGCAGGUACUAAAGAGAUGGCCAUGUUUGUAGCUCAGGAAAUACAGACUAUUGACUACAGACGGGAUGAUGAGAACUGACCAAAAUGAAAUACUGUGAAUAGUAAAGUGAAAUCUGGUUUUCUGAACUAUGUAAUUUUUUUCCAGGAUGGACAACUUAGAGGGAAUAUGGUUGUGAGCUUAGGCCACAGGUGGGCGAAAUGCGGAUGCGGCCCACCAGGCCAUUCUAUCCAGCCCGCGGGGCCCCUAAAAUAUUUAGACAAUUAAUAUUUAUAUGUCCCUGGCUGCCUGUCAUGCAGCCCUCGAUGGCUUGCCAAAACUCAGUAAGCAUCCCUCCACUCAAAAUAAUUGCCCACGCCUGACUUAGGCACUAACUUUGUUUUUUUCCAGUGGGUGCUUGCAGGCAGAAACCCCCACCCCCCCCAAAAAAUGUGCUUUAAUGUAAACUCAGCACACAUUACUUCAACUCGGCUCUGCAGCACCUGUAAAGGUCAGGCACUUUAAUGGGGCUUUUUUGGCACUUUUAUCUAAUAAUGGAAUUGGUUUUUGCUAAAAGCGCCAAAAAGCACUGCUGAAGCACCCAGUCUUUACAGGCACUGCAGAGCUGGGUUGAAGUAACAUGCUGCUGCUUCUGGUAAAGCAUGUUUUGUUUAUUUUUUUAAUGUCUUGACCAUGGCUCAUGAGUGCUGAGCACCUGCUAGUUUUGUUUGCUGAGUGCUUGAGACCCAGAGCACCCAUGGAGUCGGCACCUAUGAUUGUGAGAGCAAGCUUUCUGCACAGAUUUUCUGGGUCAAAUUAUUUUUUAAAAAUUUAUUGCAAUGAAGAGGUGUGGGGGAAAAAAGAGAUGUUUUAAACCUCUAAGGUUAACAAUCCUUUUCAAUAUGCAUUUAUUUCAGUGGUAACUUUUUUAUAUGAUCACAUGUAAUAUCUGUUUCAGAAUUAAGUCACGGUUUCACAUGCGUAGGGUUGGAAGCAAGUCUUUUGUAACAUAUGGAGUUAAAAAUAAAACUUUAUUUUUACAAAACACAGAUCUCAGGUAAAUGAGCUUUAGAACUGUAAUAUGAAACAAAUAGUAAAAAUAUGUGCCUAUAAUAGCCUUGUUCAGCAGUACUUAAUGCAAUAUAAAGUGACAUUACUCUUUUCUAACUAUGUUAAAAUUAUAUAUCCAUAUUGGCAGGGUAGUGUUUGUGUGCGUGCAUGCUCACUCUCUCUCUCUCUCUCUCUCUCUCUCUCUCUCUCGGAAGUUUACAGUGAUUUUAUAUAGUGGAGAAAAAUAAAAAGGCUGAUUUUAGAUAUUCUUCUCAGGGAAGAGUAUCCGUUACUUCUACUGUGUUUAUUAACCAAAAUGGUUAGUAAUAAAAUCUGGUGAAAACAGGGAAAACAUUUCAUCAGUUAUUUUUUUUCACAUUGUUCAACCAGCUCCAGUUUAUGAUUCAUGUCAACCAUUUAGGCCCAAAUCUGACAGUCCUUAUUUGACCUUUAGUAAGAUCUCAGUCCUGCAAAGACUAAGUAAUUGUGAUUUCUAGGCAAAGUGCUUACUACCAGAAGGGCUGACGCCAAUGGGUCUAUUCACAGUAGUAAGUACUGUACAUAGUAGUAUGGUAGCCUGACAGAGUUCUGUGUCAAGAAAGUGUUGACCUCAGUGGAUGUUUUGCUGGAGUAGGAACUACAGUGUUUCAUCCAUAAAGGCCAAUUAUUAAAAAUAGGUGCCUAAGCUAUGCUUGCAAAAACAUAAUUGUAAAUACAGAGAGGACAUUUCACAUAUACAAUUGUAGCCACCUUUUCUGAAUGGCUAGAAAUCAUGUAAAAUUAAUUUAAUAAAUCUAAAAGCACAGGAAAUCUGUGCAACUCUGGUUUUAUGUUCAACAGUUGUGUUCAUUUUACCAAGGUUUCUAUUUAGAUUAUUUUUUUAAAAUGUGUAAUCUCAGUGAUAAAAUGGCACUACUAGAUUACUUAUACUGUAGCGUCCAGAAAACUAUUUGAGAUUAAAUAUGGGGAUUUACUUCUAGCUUUUAUGUUGCUCAGAUUCAAGUUAAAAACCUUUCUGAAAUAAUACAAAAUAAAUCCACAAACCCCAUAAGCCCACAAACCCAAAUGGGCCAAAGCUUAUGUUUCUAAAUUGCAUGUGUGGACUGUAGAUAAAUGCCUAUGCAUAAUUACCCACUUUGCAUACACAACUAAAGAAUACAGUAUGAAAAAUAGUAGUCUUGCAUGUUUUUUUUCUACUGUGAAAAAUGUUUGGGGAUUUUUUUUCAUUAUAACUUAUAUGUUGUAUUUUUAAAUGAGAAAUGCAAAAUACUGGGCACAUCUACACAUUCAUUAAUGUGUCAUAAUUACAACACAUGAAGUUUAGUACCUGUAAUAACAGGUACUAAGCUUAAUGCACUAUAACUAAUCAGCACAACUGCUCGUUAGCGCAGAUGAACACUUUUUUGUGACGUUAAUGUGAAUUAGACUGAGCCUACUGUGCAUUAGUACUGUUUUGCCAGCCACACUAAUGCUGUGUAGAACUAGUCUUCUGCGUAUUAAGCAUCUCAUGUAGAUGCACACACUGACUGAACAAUAGCCAAAAUUUAGGUCUCUGAUUCAGCAGAACAUUUAAGCACACUGAUGUAUUGCCUAGCUCCAUGACCGUAUUAUUUCCUUGUACUCCCUGGUCUGCUUCUAUCUCCUGUCUUUUAUUUUACAUUUAGAUUGUAAGCUCUUUGGAACAGGAACUGUAUUUUAUUUGGUGUUUGUAGAGUGCCUAAUACAGUGUUGUUCAGUUCAUGACUAGGUAUAUAUGUACUACAAUAAUACAAGUAAUGAAUAAACAUGGUUUCAUUGGCUUAGUUUUCAUUCCAUCCAAGCACAGGUCAGAUCCAGGGUAAUGAGAGAUUUAAGGAGAGGGCUGAAUCUCCAGGCACCUACUCUAACUUCCGUCAUUCACAUAAGCCCUGUAAUGUAACUUACACUAGCAGAGGAUCAAGUGUAGCAGAGCUGGGCUUCCUCAUGCCCCCUCCCAUCUCUGCACUCUCCCCAGAUAAGCUGCUUUUUUUCCUUUUCUGGUAGAUGGACAGCUGGUGUAGACAUCUCUCCACCCUCGGCAAGCUUCCCCUCAGCAUAGCUUCCAUGCAUAGAGAACCUCUGGCCAGUCUAUUUGAACUCCCCAACACUUGCAAUGCAGGGUGACCUUACUAAAUAAACCAGAGAACCUGUCCUGUUGAGUUCAAUGACACAUGCAAGUGCUUUGCUGAAACAGAUGCUUUGUGGAGGUGGGGAUUAACUAAGGAGGGGGGAACAUCCACAAAUCCAGUUUGAGAUUCACCUGUUUCUUUGGUGAGCGCAAUUGAUGAGUGCCUCAAACUCCCACUGAUGUCAGAGGAAGGAGCAGAUGGUCAUAGUUUUAGUGAGACUGACCAGGGGUAGUCCCACAUUUUUUAUUGAAAAUAGUUUUAUCCGUUAAGUUCUUAGAGAUAAAUCCUGUCCCAGAUUUUGUCCUUCCCUUCCAUCUUCUCAUGCUUGCUAGCUAAACCUUUGUUUUCUAUAAAUUUUCCUUGUCAACUUUCCAGUGUAAGCUUUAACCUAAUACUGUAUGUGAGUCAAAUCUUUAAACGUUUAGCUAUUUUUGCUUAAAUAAUAUCAAGCUUUUAACUAAUUUUCCAGCACUUGUAAAAUAUGUAGUUUUUCAUUUUUAACAAAAUUAAGAUGUGAAAGUUUACAGUCCAUUUUGUGUACUUUGGAUAGUUUUAAAUCAUGCUUCAGCCUUUUUAUAUUAUUUGAAGGCUAGUUUAUGAAGCAGAGAUAGUAUUUAAAUACAAAAGGAAAAAAACAAAUGCUUAACUGUUCAGAAAAGCUGUUCCCUAUCCAGGGUGUUAAAACCUGCAUUGGCGUUUUUCCCAUGGUAGCGCCUGGAGGAAUGUUGAUGGAAAGGGCAGAAGAGAAUAAGAGUCAGAGACAUCUCUGAUAUAUUUUGGAGUCAUAUUCUUGCAUGCUGUCAUUGGAGUGGAAGGGAAAAAAAAUUGGGUUUGGUUUUUUACAAGAACUUAGGAAUGUGGAACUAGAACAAGCCUCCCAGUCCAUGCAGCCACGUUCCUGGCAUUCACAGACAGCCCUGUGGCCCAAGUAGCCACAAAACUAUUCAUUUUAACCCCUCUCACAUGCAGCAGCCACAAAGCACCCUAUGAAAAAACAAGCUCUACAGUGAAUCUCAGAGACAGUGCUACUCAUACUUCCCUGUCUCUACUAAAAAUACCCCACGUAGUAUACACUAGUGUUGCAUUAAUCUUUUUCAUGAUUGCACCACAGGUCAUGCUCAUUUUCUGUGAGCAAGUCACCAUCUAAUGGAAAAAGUAUUAGUUCUUAAGUGCAUGACUCUGUAGUUUUGACUUUUACACUUCAUACAAUUUCUCUUACUCAACUCCAUAAGGUUAUCUAAUUCUUUCUCUAUAAUAAUCUGAUCCUCUUCUGUAUUGGAAAUACUCCACAGCUUUGCCUCCCUGUAAAUUUUACAAACAAUGAGCUCUUCCAACCAAAGUUGCUAAUGAAAAUUUAACUGGAAUGGGUUCUCGGCUUAUUACAGGUAUUGUGGUCAUCUGACAUGUUUUUAAAAUGUUCUUUGGUGGGUUGCAGCUUCUUAUGCUUUGUCUCUUCCCAGAAAUUGUUUUGGAACAAUGUAUAAAGCACAACGUUUUUAGCUGUUUUUCUGUUGCCUGAAUGUAGAAAAUAAAAGAAUGACCCUCUGCUGGA